CCUGGGUAAGGCCCAACAUGGCUUCGACCACUUAGUGUCUGUGCAAGGCCAGCGCGUGCGGUUCCUGACAUCUUGAAGGUCAGGUUUGGCCAGCACUCUCUGCCAGAGCUGUGUGCUGUUGUAGGCGAGAGACGAGAAUAAUGGCUGGGAGCCUCGCUGGGGGCGCAGGAAGGCGCCUAUGGAGCUGGGUGCCGCUGGCCUGCAGAAGUUUCUCUCUGGGUGUUCCUGAAUUGUAUUUUGUAAGGCUCACGGUCCCGGCUCCCAAAGUGGUUGAUCGUUGGAACGAGAAGAGGGCUAUGUUUGGGGUAUAUGAUAACAUCGGGAUCCUGGGAAAUUUUGAAAAGCAUCCCAAAGAACUAAUCAAGGGCCCCAGAUGGCUUCGAGGCUGGAAGGGGAAUGAAUUGCAGCGUUGUAUACGAAAGAAGAAAAUGGUUGGAAAUCGGAUGUUCACUGAUGACUUGCACAACCUUAACAAACGCAUCAGCUAUCUCUACAAACACUUUAACCGACAUGGAAAGUACCGGUAGUAAAGAAAGCUGGGGACUGUGGAAGUGAGAUACCUGGGUAAGGCCCAAUAUGACUUCAACCACUUAAUGUCUGUGCAAGGCCAGUGCAAGCAGUUCUUGACAUCUUGAAGGUCAGGUUUGGCCAGCAUCUCUGCCAGAGCUGUGUGCUGUUGUGGGGGGGGGAGACAAGAAUAAUGGCCAGGAGCCAUGGUUGGGCCUUACCCAAGUAGCUCACUAUCUACCAUCCAGGAGAAGGGAAAUAGUACUUUUCCCUCUGAGGAGAGGGAUUUGUAUGCUCUCUGUAAUAAAAUGGGGCUUUUUUUAGAAUCUGUUAUCCACACUG